AUGAAAAAUAAUAAUAUGAAAACGACAGUAACAGCGCAAGCGAAUAACAAUGGACCACAAACAACACAAGGUGGUAGUACCGGUAUUGAGAGAGAAGGAGUAUAUAUGGGAAUAGAAAGAGAAGGAGAGGAUUUGCCUCUACCACCACCACCACCAAUAAAUACUACUUAUGUAGACCCAUAUGCUGAUAAAAUAAGAGGAAAUGAUUAUCCAUUAGACGCUGCUAGUUAUUUAACGGGAUUAACGUUAAUAGCAUCGGGUGUAUUAAGCUUAUUUCGAGGAAAUAAGAAUAAAUGGUUAUCAAUAUUUCUGGCCGCAUUUUAUGGAACAAGUAUUAUAUUAUUAUUAUUUAUUUUAAAAUAUCAGAAUGUAACGAAUCCAUCAUCAACAACAAGAUUUGUUUAUUUCGUUAUAUGUGCUGUGGCUGGUGCAGCGGCAGGAAUAUUUUUUAUAUGUCUGUGGCCAGCGGGCAGAGUAUUGGUGGGAGCAUUUGGCGGUUUCUCGUUCGCAAUGAUCUGUUUAUCAACCCGAACUGAUGGAUUAAUUUCAAAGCAAUUCAUUAGGUAUAUAUGGAUAGGAAUAUGGACAAUAUUUAUUGCAUCGUUAGCGAGUAUAAAGAAAUAUUAUCAAUAUGUCGCAAUUAUAUCAACAGUAAUGUCAGGAUGUUAUACACUAAUGUUGGGAACAGAUGUAUUUGUACGUGCGGGAAUUUUAGCGUCAUUUAAAACCUUUUGGGGCUUUAAUCAACCUGAAAAUUAUUUAUAUAUUGUUGAUACAAAUGGUGUUAUUAUUUUGAGUACUAUUGGAAUUGUUGGAGGUAUAUUUGGAAUCGGAGCUCAAUUAUUAGAAUUAUGGAUGACUCAAAAGGGUAGUAAUGACGAUGAAAAUAAUGAUGAUGAUAGAAUGUCUAUACCUUCUACGACAGAGGAGAAACCUACUGUUACUUUUACAAAAAAAUUGAAAAAUACAUUUAAAAAUUUUAUAUAA